AUGUCAGACAUCUUUCGGGCCGCCCAAGGAGUCACUGUAUGGCUUGGAGAAGAAGAUGACUUUACAUCGGACGCCUUCACCGUGAUUGAGAGGAUCGCCAAAAUUCCCAGGGCGAAGUGGACAAACAUGCCGUACACAGGCUUCUUUGACCCCGGAGGAUCUUGCUAUCACGGUACUGGUGUCGAGCCCUUGAGUUACCACCACUGGUUGGGAUUCAUCGCGUUUACCAAUCGGCCCUGGUUCAGUCGAUCCUGGGUGGUCCAGGAACUAGCACUGGCGCAGAAGGUAAGCGUCGUCUGCGGCAGUCGAAUGUUGCUCUGGGAAAACCUUGCGAGGACAAUCGAGUUCAUCCGAGCGACGAGGUGGUACCACCACCUUUCGACCGAAAAGAUGCGGCAUCUACGCGAGCUGAAUCGAUGUCCUGGCGUGUACCAAAGAUUUCUGGCAAGCAAUACCAAGUUUGGCUUGGAGCCCGUGUAUCUGAACAGCACGCGGAAUGCCCUCCAGGCAUACGAGAAAGGAGGGAAUAAAGGAGCGCCUUCGUUGAGACUGCUGGUUGAUACACAUCGUCACACCAAUGCAACCGACCCCAGGGAUAAAGUGUAUGCAUUUCUCGGCCUAGCGAGCAGGACAUCUUCAUCAGCAAACCAAAUCGAGCCCAACUAUGAGACAUCGACUCGGCAGGUCUAUAUUGAUGCGGCCUGCUCUUUGCUCCGAACCUAUGGAAACCUGUAUCUCUUGUCUCACGUACAAGAUCGUUCCCUGACAAAGACCAAAGGCCUGCCAUCCUGGGUCCCAGACUACUCUGUACCGCUCUCACCAUACCCUCUCGACUUCCGAGGAUACUGCAACUGGUCGGCGUGUGGGCAUAUGAAGUGGAUGCCGCCGAAAGACGUGACACUGCUGGACCGAGGUCUCCUGCCUGUUCAGGGCUUUCACAUUGACACUAUAGCUGAGACAGGCGUCAUGCCACACGAAGCGACGGACGCAGGAGAGCCAUGGGCUAGCAUUGUGAACAUGGUCUCGAAUCUGCCAAAUCCGUAUCCGCUCCUUCCGCUCAAAGGCGCUCCGAUAUCACGCAUCGAUGUCCUUUGGCGGACGCUGACGACAAACACAUAUGCUCGCCAACACCCGGCCCCUCCUGAAUGUGGCGCCCUGUUCAUCGACUACAUUCUCAAUCUACAAAUCCGACACCGUCUGCGGCCAUGGUCAUCUAGUGACUCGGAAUUCCAACCGCACUCGACUCCACUCUCAGUGCUCACAAACCCAGACUGGCGCAGACUUAUAGAGUCGGAGCCAAGUGACUCGCCGUAUAAUAUCUCCUCUUACCGAAGGCGUCUGACGGCAUUGGUCGAGAAUAUGCUGUCCUCGAAUUCGUACACGCCAAUCGAUCUCGCGCAACUGCACCAUGACAUCGAAAACGGCUCGGGCAAAAUGCGGCGCGUGUUUCGAACAAGUGAUAUGAUGCUCCUCGGUACGGGUCCCAAAGCACUGCGCGUGGGCGACGAGGUCUGGAUCCUCGGUGGUGGAAAGGUGCCAUGCAUUCUUCAGCCGGUCAAAGACAGGGAGGGCGCCGGGACGGGACCAGGGAUGCAACAUCGUCUUGUGGGGGAGGCAUAUGUGCACGGGUUAAUGCACGGUGACCCAAGUCGGUUUGGGCGGGAGUUGCAGUCGACUGUGUUGAUAUGA